GAGGCUGUGUGUGUGUGCGUGCGUGCGUGCGUGUGUGUGUGUGUGAGGGGUUGUUCAGGAGCUGCAGCUGAAGCAGCGACAGAAGGCGACGACUCCACAGCUCGACCGGCUGCUCCUCUUCAGCCCCACAAAAAUGCGAAGUGUGUUCUCAGUGACUCUGCUGCUGCUCCUGGCCCUGACGCUCACCGCAGAGGCCAGCAAAAAAGCCAAAAAUCACAAAGCAGGUAGGCAUGAGAAGUCCCGGCCGGCCUCCGAGUGCUCCCCCGCAGAGACGCACUACGGGAAAUGCAUACCUGAACACGGAGACUGCGGGGACGGCCUGAGAGAGGCAACCUGCAAAGAUCGCACCGACAAGAUUCACUGCAAGAUCCCCUGCAACUGGAAGAAGGACAUCAGUCCAAAUGUUCUUUCAGGUGACUGUAAGUACAAGUUUGGGCCAUGGGGAGCUUGCGAUGCCACCACCAACACCAAGACCCGGUCGGGAACGCUGAAGCGAGCGCUGUUCAAUGCCAACUGCCAGUCCACCGUCAAGGUGUCCAAACCCUGCCCCCCCAAAGGCCCAAAGAAGACCAGAGGGGACAAGAAGUCAAACUGAAGGAUGAAGCACGACAGAAGACGGCGAGAUUUCCUCCUCAACAAUCGUCUUCACACACACACACACACACACACACUACACACACACACACACACACACACACACACACACACACACACACACACACAAACCGAGAGACUCCUCCAAAACACUCCACCUUUCCUUUCUUGAUUCCUGGUUUCUCAUUUGAUGUUUUUCUGGAUUAAAGCUUUUCCGAUGCUGUCCCACUAGGUGAUGAGAAUAAUCCUCGUAGCUGAUAGUUUGUGUUAACCGUUACACUCAGAUAGUCCUAAAGCUUGUACAGUAGCUGAUCAUGAAUUUAAACUAAACUGGAUGCUCCAGCGUGCCCCUCAUUGGAGCGUUGGGAGGUUUGCUCUUAGGCAAGUUAGUUUUAAAGAAUCUGAGAAAAUCCUCUAUGAAAUCUAUUUUUUAAACUAUAGAUAAUUGUCACUGCAGGAUGGAACUGUACAAAUGAGCAAAAUAAAGACUGUACAUUGCUUUGG